CUUUCUACAAAAUCAAUCGAUAGAGUUGUACAAUCAAUACAUGUCAAUGCAUUCUUCUCCAAUGAUUGACUCGAAUCGCAGAGAACUUCUCAGCUAACUUGGAUUGAGCACAGAUUGGAGGCUUCUUAAAAGGAGGAUAGCUUUUUGGUACAACAAAUUAAAGGAGGUGAAACUAUGGGAUUUUUGUCGCUGUUGAAGGUGGCUUCAAUGCCGACGCUGCAAGUGCUCAUAAUAAGCUUAUUAGGAGCAGUCAUGGCAACCGAAUACUCCAAACUUCUUCCAACGGAAGCUCGCCGUUCAUUGAACAGAAUUGUGUUUGUGGUGUUUACUCCAUCGCUGGUGUUCGCGAGUCUUGUGAGGACCGUAAACCUACAAGACAUCAUCUCAUGGUGGUUCAUGCCGGUGAAUGUUGGGAUAACUUUUCUCGUCGGGGGAACUCUCGGAUGGAUCGUAGUUAAACUUCUUAGGCCUGAACCUCAUCUACAAGGACUCGUCGUGGCGAUGUGUUCUUCAGGAAACUUGGGCAACAUUCUGUUGAUAGUCAUCCCGGCGAUCUGCAAGGAGGACAGCAGCCCAUUUGGGGACAAGAAUGUCUGCUCCCGCAUUGGCCUUUCCUAUGUUUCAUUUUCGAUGGCGGUUGGGGCCUUCUAUGUAUGGACGUAUACAUACCACUUAAUACAAACUUCGCAAAGAGCAUCUCCUGCUGCUAUCAACUCUGCAGAGGAUCCAAAGCCCAACAUCGACUUAGAGGCAAGCGAGAAGUCAUCCCUUCUCGACGGAAGAGAGGUGAGCAGUCGAAUACGUCAAACUGUAUACAAUACAGCCCCUAGAUAUGUAUCCUCUAAAAUGUUUUCGACUGAUCUCAUGAAACAGAAGAGGGAUAAUUCAACAAUGUGCGUUCAAAUCAAGGGAAUUCUUUGUCGACUUGGAGAGGAGCUGCUGGCGCCUCCCGUAGUCGCUACAAUUGCAGGACUCAUAUUCGGAUCUGUUUCCUGGCUCCGUGACCUUAUUAUCGGCGAAAGCGCACCUCUAAGAGUGAUCGAUGAUUCCAUCAAACUACUCGGAGAUGGAACCAUUCCUUGCAUCACUCUCAUACUGGGAGGCAACUUAACACAAGGACUACGCGAGGCAAAACUGAGAUCAACAAUAAUAAUGGCAGUAAUCUGUGUAAAGUUCGUAAUACUUCCUGCAGUCGGGGUUGGUGUUGUGCAAGCAGCUUCACUGCUAGGGUUCCUCCCACCGGAUCCGCUCUACAACUUUGUGCUCAUGAUUCAGUUCACCGUUCCACCUGCAAUGAAUAUCGGCACAAUGACACAGCUGUUCAAUGUCGCCCAAGACGAGUGCUCAGUUCUCUUUCUUUGGACAUACCUGGUGGCAGCCGUCGCCCUCACCACCUGGUCUACCAUUUUCAUGUGGAUCUUGUCGUAACUACUUAAAUCCCGGUGAAAAAGGUACACAAAUAAUCAAUAGCGAGACAUGCAACAACAAAAUCAAGCUACAAUCUUUCAGCAUCACCAUUUUUGGUAGUAUUAUGUCAUUAUCAUUCAAUUUUUCGAAGCAUGCUUUCAAUUGUAUUUGACAUACAAUAGUAUAGAACAAAUCAUCAGUGCUCAAGAUAAACAAUAUUAUC